CCAACAUGGACGUGUUGACGCGGGUGUCUGUGGAUUAUGAGACGUUGCCCGGCUGGUGCUGCAGCACCGAGACGGCCAGGAGCUUCGAGGAGCUGCCCCCUCAGGCACAAAGCUACGUUCAGUUCAUCGAGGACUUCCUGCAAGUGCCAGUGAAGUGGGUCGGAGUGGGGAAGUCCAGAGAAAGCAUGAUCAAGCUGUUCUGAUCUACAGCUGCAGUCGUCAACAUCGUAGAACAUCAGAUUAUGUGACAAGAAAGAAAAUGAAUCACCAGCACGGCCACACCUAAACAUUUUAGCUGCUGCUUUUGUGUCACAUUUCCAAAACCAAGUCUUCAGAUCAAAUAUAAACAUUCCUCAUAUUGAUCUGCACGUCUGUUUAGGAGGUGACGUUUUUAACACGAGUACAAAUGAAGCUCUUAGUUCAGCUCAUAGAUGAUUUUAGCUUCUUUUUUUUUUACGUUUGUUUAUCAAACAUCUGUUCAGUGUGCAGUUAUUUUUUUACACUUUAAAAGCAGACGUAAAAGCCUUUGUUGGUAAAGGACUUCAAAAUAAAAUUCCAGGCAUUGUGAAAGGAUGAAAAAAAUAAUUUAUUUGGUUGUAAAAGUUGACUUUUUCUACAUUUUAAAACACGAUCAGCUCCAUUUGAGAAGAAAAUCUGUAAACAAGCGAAUAGAUUUAAAAUGAAUACCAAACACGAAGGACUAGAAUCAGGUUUUAACUUCAGGUUUGUGUAAAUGUAAAGACAGCUUAUUACAGACUAAUGAUUUCUGUGAACACUUCCUGAGCUCAUUAGAACCAAUAAAACAAAGCUCUCAUCUU